AUGUCAGGUUCACCUCCGCUACACUCACACAGUCCGCCAUCAAAUGGAGCUUCAUCAUCAAAUGGCGGCAGCGGAGCGUCGUCAGAGGCCUGUAAUGGAAUAGUUGCCAAUCUUUUAUGUCAUCGGCAACGAACAAAUGGUGAAAGUGAAACAUUUUCCAAAAGAGCGAUUGAAAGUUUGGUCAAAAAAUUGAAAGAUAAGAAAGAUGAACUCGAUGCUUUGGUCACCUCGAUUACUUCCAGUGGACAAAUUCCUACGAAAUGUGUGACAAUCCAAAGAACGCUCGACGGACGAUUGCAGGUUGCCGGUCGGAAAGGCUUUCCACAUGUUAUUUAUGCACGCAUAUGGCGUUGGCCUGACCUACAUAAAAACGAAUUAAAACAUUUGAAAAUUUGUCCACUAGCGUUCGAUCUUAAACAAGAACAUGUCUGUGUAAAUCCAUAUCACUACGAACGAGUUGUUCCUCCUGGAAUUGAUUUAGCCGGAAUGCCACUAGUGCCUCGUUUUCAAAUGUCUGGCCAUGGUGAUCCAUCAUCAUCGAAUGAUCGUGAUAUAUAUCCUACAGCAGAAGGAUAUCGGUAUAUGAAAGAUUAUCGAGAUGAUCAAAAUUCUCCUCAACCAAUGAUGCCAAUGCAACAUCAAGCUCCUGAUACUACUAGUGCAAGUCCACCACAUCCUUACCCAACGAAUGGAUCUGCUGUUUCCAACACCAAUGGUUUUCCACCAACAAGAAUUCCGCAAGAUGGAUCUGUUCCACUGUGGACCCAACCAACACCACCUGCGGUUAAUUUAUGGCAACAACAUUCAUUUGUCCCAACCAAUAGUCUAACUACACCAUCUCUUCAACCAUUGACCUUAAUCAACUACGUUGGAGAAUAUUGGUGUAGCAUUGCUUAUUACGAACGCGAUGUGCAAGUUGGUGAAACAUUCAAAGUGCCUGAUACAUUCAAAGAAGUCACUGUCGAUGGUGGUAUGGAUAUGGCUAAUGUAGGUGGUCGAUUUUGUCUAGGACCAUUAAGUAAUGUUCACCGUACGGAAACGAGCGAAAAAGCACGACUUCAUAUUGGAAAAGGUAUUCGUAUCGAAUGCCGAAAUGAAGGUGACAUAUGGAUCCGAUGUCGAAGUGAUCAAGCUGUUUUUCUUCAAUCGUAUUAUCUCGACCGAGAAGCUGGUCGUGCACCGGGUGAUGCUGUUCAUAAAAUAUACCCUCAAGCGUGUAUUAAAGUUUUUGAUUUACAACAAUGCUUCACACAAAUGGAUCAAUAUGUGAAAAUGGCUCUGCAUUCUCGAAUGCAACAAUCAUCUCUUGCUCAAACGAUGCCACCCUCAGCAAAUUUAAGUGUUGAUGAUAUGCGACGUCUAUGUGUGUUAAGACUUAGUUUUGUUAAAGGAUGGGGACCGGAUUAUCCAAGACAAUCGAUAAAAGAAACGCCGUGUUGGGUCGAAAUUCAAAUUCAUCGUGCUUUACAACUACUCGAUGAUUUAUUCAAUUCAAUCAAUCAUCAAUUGCCAAAUAAUGUAGCCACUGCUUCCUCGUCUUCAUCGACCAUGUCAACGAAUUCACCUCUCAACAGUAAUACUCUCUCCUUAACAUCGAUGAAUAUUGAAGCAACACAUCCGUAA